UGACUGUGUAUGGCUUGAAUAUUAUGGAUUUUCACUCGCUGCUCUUACUGCUGUUGCUGCUGGGGAAAGCACAAGACGAUAAAGGCCAGUGGGCUAUGCUCAUAAAUGAAUCACCAAGAGCUUGCCCAGAGUCUCAACAUUUCUCAAAAGACGAAACUAGAGGAUGAGUGGGACGGAAGAGAAGAAAGUGAGUUGUGAUAGAGUUGCAGUGUGGGACGUUACGAGUCGAUCUGGACUUUAUUCCGUUGAAUUCGAACAUGGGACAACUACGGGCAAAAGAAUUAUCAGGGUCAACGGAUCGGAAUUGAUUAGAAAGGAUUGGAUGUUCAAGUUGGUGGGGUGCGAAGAGUUUCAAGUUGGAGAGAGCAAGUGUUGCGUCAAAAUUGAGCCGUUUGGGCUGUUUGCGUACAGAUAUUCCUUAGAAGUAGAUGGGAAACCGUUUAAAAAGUUUAUUGAAAGACAAUCUAAAAUUCUGAAGACAUGGACAAUUAAAACUGUGGACGGUUCUGACCUAAGAGUGGUUUUGGAAAAGGACACAAUGGACAUCUGGGUAAAUGGGCAAAAAGUAGACACUCAGAGUGAGUUUGUGGACGGGGGGACGAGGACGCACUUUGAGUGCGCCAACGCUCCUGCCACCCUGCACGCCCUUUGCACUGGGAUAAAAAAACAGCCAAUGUUGUAUUCGCUCACAUUCAACGGAGAAGAAAUUCCUGAAUCACAUGAAUAAUUUCCUUUACUUAUUGAU